CCGCCCUCUCUUGUCUCAUCUGCGGACAGAAAGCGACAUCAACUACCUGCUAAAGAUGGCGCUGGAAAAAAUUGCCUUCCUGCCCUUUGGCUACUUGGUGGACCAGUGGCGCUGGGGGGUCUUCAGUGGGCGCACGCCCCCUUCCCGCUACAACUUCGACUGGUGGUACCUCCGAACCAAGUAUCAGGGGAUCUGCCCGCCCGUCCUCCGAAACGAAACCCACUUUGACGCGGGAGCUAAGUUUCAUGUCCCAAGCGUGACACCGUAUAUCAGGUACUUUGUGAGUUUUGUGCUGCAGUUCCAGUUCCACCAGGCCCUGUGCAGGGAGGCGGGUCACACUGGCCCGCUGCACCAGUGUGACAUCUACCAGUCCAAGCAGGCAGGCGCCAAGCUCCG